UGCAAGGUGGCUAUGACCCGAGUGUCUCGUGCACUGCCUCACUGCAAUGAAAUGAAGAUACGGAGGAUUGCUGUGGUAUUCCAGACAGUCUGUGGCAGAGCGCUGUCACAAGGCAAGAUGUAUCACUGUUCAUGCAUCUUUCGUGCGUAUCAACAUCUUGAUUUUGAUGGUUUUCAACAACGCGAAAUCUGCUACUUCUGCCAUUCGGAGGUUUGUGCCAAGGCCAGUCCAUAUGCUUUCUGCGCCAUCAGUGUGGAGGGCUUUCGAUCCUCCGAUGAAUCCAAGCCUACCUCGCACGGCUCAUCAACCGUUGUCUCGGUCCAUCUGUGCCUACUGAUGACGAAUAUUUCAUGCGUACCAAGCUCAAAGAUAAUCAUGGAAUGCCUUAUAACAUAGUAAUGAUGGACGGCAUGCAAUGGCAUCGUU